AAGGGGAGCGCGACCAGUGAGCAGGCGAGGAAGGGGCGGGAUCCGGGGCUCCCGGCAGCUUCUAGUAGGUUCCAGGAGGCGGCGCGUGCGGUUGGGAACGCGGAGCGGACGGAGUCGAUUCAACGGGGUUCCGUGCCCGGCAAUGGAGCAGGUGAACGAGCUGAAGGAGAAGGGCAACAAAGCCCUGAGCGCCGGCCACAUCGACGAUGCGCUGCGCUGCUACUCCGAGGCCAUUAAGUUAGACCCGCAGAACCACGUGCUGUACAGCAACCGCUCGGCCGCCUACGCCAAGAAAGGGGACUACCAGAAGGCCUACGAGGACGGCUGCAAGACCGUGGACCUGAAGCCUGACUGGGGCAAGGGCUAUUCUCGAAAAGCAGCAGCUCUUGAAUUCCUAAACCGAUUUGAAGAAGCCAAGCGAACCUAUGAAGAGGGUUUAAAACACGAAGCAAAUAAUGCUCAGCUGAAGGAGGGCUUGCAGAACAUGGAGGCGCGGUUGGCAGAGAGGAAAUUCAUGAACCCUUUCAACAUGCCCAAUCUGUACCAGAAGCUGGAGAGCGACCCCAGGACCCGGACGCUGCUGGCGGAUCCCAGCUACCGGGAGCUGAUCGAGCAGCUACGGAGCAAGCCGUCCGACCUGGGCACGAAACUGCAGGACCCCCGGAUCAUGACCACCCUGAGCGUCCUCCUCGGGGUCGAUCUGGGCAGCAUGGAUGAGGAGGAGGAAGUUGCGACCCCUCCGCCACCGCCGCCUCCUAAAAAGGAGACCAAGCCAGAGCCGAUGGAGGAAGAUCUUCCAGAGAAUAAGAAACAGGCCCUGAAAGAGAAGGAGCUGGGGAACGAGGCCUACAAGAAGAAGGACUUUGACACAGCCUUGAAGCACUACGACAGAGCCAAGGGCCUGGACCCCACCAACAUGACCUACCUGACCAACCAAGCAGCCGUGUACUUCGAAAAGGGCGACUACAGUAAAUGCCGGGAGCUUUGUGAGAAGGCCAUUGAAGUGGGGCGAGAAAACCGAGAAGACUACAGACAGAUUGCCAAAGCUUACGCUCGAAUCGGCAACUCGUACUUCAAAGAGGAGCAGUACAAGGAUGCCAUCCAUUUCUACAACAAGUCCCUGGCAGAGCACCGCACCCCGGACGUGCUCAAGAAGUGCCAGCAGGCAGAGAAAAUCCUGAAGGAGCAGGAGCGGCUCGCCUACAUAAACCCUGACCUGGCUCUGGAGGAGAAGAACAAAGGCAACGAAUGUUUCCAGAAAGGGGACUAUCCCCAGGCCAUGAAGCAUUACACAGAAGCCAUCAGACGGAACCCCAGAGACGCCAAGUUGUACAGCAAUCGGGCGGCCUGCUACACCAAGCUCCUGGAGUUCCCGCUGGCACUCAAGGACUGUGAGGAGUGUAUCCAGCUAGAGCCGACCUUCAUCAAGGGUUACACACGGAAAGCCGCUGCCCUGGAAGCGAUGAAGGACUACACGAAAGCCAUGGAUGUCUACCAGAAGGCGCUAGAGCUGGACUCCAGCUGUAAGGAGGCUGCAGACGGGUACCAGCGCUGCAUGAUGGCCCAGUACAACCGGCACGACAGCCCCGAAGACGUGAAGCGGCGGGCCAUGGCCGACCCCGAGGUGCAGCAGAUAAUGAGUGACCCGGCCAUGCGGCUCAUCCUGGAACAGAUGCAGAAGGACCCGCAGGCCCUGAGCGAACACUUAAAGAAUCCUGUAAUAGCGCAGAAGAUCCAGAAGCUGAUGGAUGUGGGUCUGAUCGCAAUUCGGUGAUGACUUGCUCGUCAUCCCCCUUCCCUUCGCCCUGGUGUGGAAAGAGGAGCUGGGACCGUGGCAGGCAGCACGGAGCAGAGGGGAGAGCAGGGGAAGGCGAGCGCCCGCCCUCGGUGUUGAGACGGGGCUCCUCACGUCCAAGCCAGAGACUCGUGCACAGCUCCUGGCGCAGCGCCGCCUCGGGCCCUCCCAGCACACGCAUGGUCUCCUGCUGCCCUCGUUCCGGUUCCGGGUCCUUCCCCGCCCCAGGCGCUGUCUCGGCUGCUCUCCCAUAGUUGGUUAUUUUUUAUUUGGGGCAGUGGGCAUGUGUGUGUUGGGGGUGUUCUUCCAACCUCAGGUCCCAGCUGUCUUCACGGUGUUAACUCCACGUCCCCUUCUCCAAUAAAACAAGCCAGUCGGGCGUGGUUCUACGUU